CCUACAACUGCCUGCAAGGAUCAGGGGUUCCUUGGAGUAGCAAUAAAGACUAUCUCAAUUUUGCAUCUUCUACUGCAUUUUCACUCUAACCAUCCAAAGCAAACAUUUGGUGUUUUAAAGCACAGGAGAAAAACACAUAAAAAAAAAAAAAAAAAAAAAAAAAGUAUACAACAAAUGUUGCAGAAACCUGGAUGAUUUCUCAGAAGAUUUUGAGUUGUGCAGGAACAUUAUGGGGGGUCAUGGCUCUCAGAUACUUCCCAUGGCUUUCUUCGUCGUCAUCAUCACAUUCUUUCUCGUGUCAUUCUAUUCGACCCGCAUUUUAACUGCAGGUUGCUUCACUCUUAAUGACCAGAGACGGGUGCACAAUUUAGAUGAAAACGAGAAUGGUAACAGAAGAGUCAUCGUUCUUGAAAAGCUCAGAGCUUUACUUGGAAUGAAGGAUGGCUUCGAGUUGAGAGAACCAAACAAUGCUGCUGCUGAUGAUUCUACUGUUUACUCGUCUCCCUCGCCCUCGCCAUUGCCCUCGCCUUCUCCCGCUCCCGGGAUUGAAGGCGAAGAAGCGCCUGCUCCUUCUCCAAGACGAGCGGUCCACCGCCAUUCUCAUCACCACCGCCCUUCACUCCCACAAGCACACAAGGCUAAGCAGAAGAAGAAGAAGGAGGAGGGGGAAGGGAGUUCCAGAAAAGUUCUGACAGCGGUUCUCGUGUCGGCAGGAGUAACAUUCUCACUAUGUGCAGUCUGUCUGUUCUGGGGAUGCAGAAGAUUUCAGAACAAAAAGAAGAAAACAGUGAGAACAAUAUACUGCAGAUCAAAAUAUUUGAGCUCCCAGAUGAGUUCAGUGAAACCUGACCUCUUUUACCUUGAUUCAGUAGGAAUUGGCUUGGAAACUCCUUGCCCAGGCCCACUUUUCCCAGAACAUGGCUCAGACACUGAAACCUCACUCUCAACUCAAAUCAUCACACCAAAUGGGAGACAAGAAACAGACCCACAAGUCCACAAACCUGGAGAUGAUAAUGGAGAAAUUAUUGUUUUUGAUGAACCCCAUUCACCAUCAUCAUCAUCAGAUGAUGAUGAUGAUUCCUUCCAUUCUAUAUGCAAUCCUGGUAGCAUUAGGCUAUCCAAUGCUUCAGCUGGUAGUCUAACUGAGGAAACCUCCCAAGAUGACUCAAAACUAUCCUUUCCAGUCUUGAACUCAGAACCAUAUUGUCCAUCCACUUCUGUGCCUCCACCUCCACCUCCACCACCGCCACCACCACGACCCUGCCUCCCGCCCUUUGCGAAAGGCGGCCCACCUCCUCCACCAUCUCCACCACCACCACCAGCAGGCAAAGAUGGAAGUCCACUGCCAAGACUGAAACCCCUGCACUGGGACAAAGUAAGAGCUGCACCGAAUCGUUCAACCGUAUGGGAUCAGCUGAAGCCAAGCUCAUUCGAAUUCGACGAGGAGAUGAUCGAGUCCCUUUUUGGUUACAACCUGCAAAAUUCAAUGAAUGAUGAGGCCAAAAGCAAAACCCCAUCUCCAACUAAGCAUGUGCUAGAGCCUAAGAGAUUACAGAACAUAACCAUACUCUCUAAAGCUUUGAAUGUGAGUGCAAACCAAGUUUGUGAAGCACUAACAAAAGGAAAAGGGCUGUCAUUGCGAGAAUUGGAGGCACUGGCAAAAAUGAUGCCAAAUAAGGAAGAAGAGGCCAAACUGGCAAACUAUAAGGGAGACAUAAAUGAAUUAGGAUCAGCAGAGAAGUUUGUUAAAGCAAUAUUAAAGGUGCCAUUUGCUUUCAAAAGAGUUGAAGCCAUGCUUUACCAAGAAACAUUCAGUGAUGAAGUUCUUCAUCUCAGAAAAUCUUUUUCAAUGCUAGAGGAGGCCUGCAAGGAGCUGAGAUCAAGCCGUCUAUUCCUAAAGCUCCUCGAAGCCGUGCUAAAGACCGGAAACAGAAUGAACGUGGGAACAGUCCGAGGAGGAGCCAGAGCAUUCAAGCUCGACGCUCUCCUAAAACUAGCAGACGUGAAAGGAACCGACGGCAAAACCACACUGCUCCAUUUCGUGGUCCAAGAAAUCGUGCGCUCAGAAGGGCUCAAAUUCUCGGAGAGCAUAAUGGGAAAGAUCGAGCAAAGAACCAAACCCAAAAAGCCCGAAAACGACAGAGAAGAAAACUACAGGCAAAUGGGCCUCGAUCUCGUCUCGGGCCUAAGCACCGAGCUCUGUAACGUCAAGAAAACCGCCACCAUAGACUUGGACGUGUUGGCUAACUCCGUCUCAAAUCUCUCUGCGGGGAUCGCAAACAUACGAAGCCUUGUGGCUAUGGAGGAUAGAAUCGUAGAUGGGUUUGUGGGCUCCAUGAGAUCGUUCUUGAACGGGGCAGAGAGGGCUUUGAAGGAGCUGCGGGAAGAUGAGAAUGGAGUGCUGUUGCGCGUGAGAGAGAUUACGGAGUAUUUCCAUGGAGAUGUGAGCAAAGAUGAACCGAACCCGCUGAGGAUUUUUGUUAUUGUGAGGGAUUUCUUGGGCAUGUUAGAUCAUGUGUGUAAACAACUUAGGAACUCUAAACCUUUGAGUAGUCCUAGUCCUUUGUCUCCGUUCCGGUAGCUGUUUUGUUGGCUUGAUUGGUUUGUCAAUAAUUUCUGUGUUUUUUUUUCCUUUUCUGAAUCCUGUAAAUUAUUCAGAGAAGUGCUUGGAAUUUAACAUCUUGUUAGAUCUAA